AUGGAGUUGAAGAUACUAGAGCAAUACAUUUUGGGAGGAAUUAUAGCUACUUGGUUAGGAUUCGCUCUGAUAUAUUUCUUGGGUGUGAAGAAGAGCAAACCGGACCAUGAUUUGGAUUUUCAUAAACAGACAAACGAUUUGGUUCACACUCGCGAUGGAGCGACUGAUGUUAUCAUAGUUGGUGCUGGUGUUGCUGGUGCAGCUCUUGCCUAUAGUCUUGGCAAGGAUGGGCGACGAGUUCUUGUCAUAGAAAGAGACCUGGGGUUGCAAGAUAGAAUUGUCGGUGAAUUGCUCCAACCCGGUGGCUACAUAAAAUUAAUCCAACUGGAUUUAGAAGAUUGCGUAGAGAACAUUGAUGCUCAAAAGGUGUUUGGCUAUGCUUUGUUCAUGGAUGGUAAAAGCACUAGACUAGCAUACCCAUUGGAGAAGUUCACAAGAGACGUUUCCGGUAGAAGUUUCCACAAUGGGCGUUUUGUCCAACGGAUGCGUGAGAAAGCUGCAACAGUCCCAAAUGUGAGGCUUGAACAAGGAACAGUGACAUCCCUUAUUGAAGAAAAAGGGUCCGUCAAAGGUGUGCGCUACAAGACCAGAGCUGGUGAAGAUAUUAUAGCUAACGCCCCACUUACCAUUGUCUGUGACGGCUGUUUUUCAAAUCUAAGACGCGGUCUGUGUAAACCUGAGGUAGACAUCCCGUCUUCUUUUGCUGCAUUGCUUUUGAAGAACUGUGAGGCACCAUACCCGAAUCACGGACAUGUUAUUUUGGCAGACCCUUCACCAAUAUUGUGCUAUCGUAUCAGCAGUACCGAGAUCCGAUGUUUAGUUGAUAUUCCUGGAAAGAAGAUCCCUUCUGUUGGCAAUGGUGACAUGGCUCUUUACUUGAAGACAAAAGUCGCUCCUCAGAUCCCCCCUGAGCUGCGGUGUAGCUUCGUUGAUGCAGUGGACGAAGGAAGCAUAAAAACAAUGGCUAAUAGAAGCAUGCCAGCGGCCCCACAACCCACCCCGGGUGCAAUCUUACUUGGGGAUUCAUUCAAUAUGCGACAUCCUUUGACAGGUGGAGGAAUGACGGUGGCCUUAUCUGAUGUUGUGAUUGUUCGUGAUCUUCUCCGGCCUCUUGAGAACUUAAAUGACUCAUUUACCCUCUGCGAUCAUCUUGACUCUUUUUACACCUUGCGCAAGCCGGUGGCAUCUACAAUCAACACACUGGCUGGAGCCUUGUACAAGGUGUUUUCUGCAUCGCCAGACCAAGCGAGAACCGAGCUACGUCAAGCAUGUUUUGACUACUUAAGCCUUGGUGGCAUGUUCUCAAACGGGCCCAUUGCACUCUUAUCUGGUCUGAACCCGAAGCCAUUGAGCUUGGUACUUCAUUUCUUUUCGGUCGCGGCCUUUGGAGUUGGCCGCUUAUUACUUCCGUUUCCUUCACCACAGGGCAUUACGCUAGGUGUUAGAUUGAUCUUGGAUGCAUCGGGGAUCAUUUUCCCCAUCCUGAAAUCUGAAGGAGCUGCUGCACCAAUGCUAUUAUCGUCUUCAAGUCCAGCAUAUUAUAAGUCUCCUUUUCUGCAUUAAUUAAUUUGUAUUUUUUUUUUUUUAUUCUAGUUAGUUCAUGUAAUGGCAAAGAUCCUGCAGAGGAGCGUUAUCAUUAUAUAAU